AUGGAAAUGGUUGGCAAGAUUGCAUGCUUGGUGGUUUUGUGCAUGGUGAUGACUGCACCCUAUGGAGAGGCGGCAUUUACCUGCGGUUCGGUUCAGGCUGCCAUGCUUAAUUGCCUGCCUUAUCUGCAAAAUCGUGGCCCUCUCGGAAACUGCUGUAACGUCAUUAAAGGUUUAGUGAGUGCAGCGAAGACCCAAGAGGACCGUAGGAUUGCAUGCAGUUGUAUAAAAACAGCUGCUACUAUUCUCAAAGGUGUUGAUUUUGGCAAAGCUGCUGGUCUUGGUGGUGCUUGUGGCUUCAACACUCCCUUCAAGUUGAGCCUCUCCACUGACUGUUCCAAGGUCCAGUAA